CCGUGCUGAGGCAAGAUCGAUGUCUAUGGCGCACAGAGUGAUGGUGACUUUGCAGAGGAACUUCUUGCAGAGUACGACUUCGUCCAUGCCGACCCCAAGGACCACCACUACACCGCCCACCUCAGGUGCGAUGGCUUGGGCCCCGUAGCCGUUGAAGUCCGCCUGCCUCCGCAUUUCAGCAGAACCAUGUCACGGGUAUCAGGUAGUGCGACCCACGAGAACAGCGCCAUUAGCCGGUUCACGCUUGCUCCUGGCCAGUCCAGCGUCAUAUCGAGAUUCAGCGACUACCAGGCGGGCACGAUCACAAUUCUCCUUGAGCUCGAGUCGCCUGUGAGCGCGAUCCUUCCUCGCUCUCCAAGUACUCGAAAUGUUUUGAAAGUCUCCUUCAAGUACUGCAUAGCCAGAAAGUCUAUUGAGGCUCGCUACGAGGCACCCCCCCAACCCCUCGCUCGGUCCUUGUCCCCUCGACCUCAUUCUCCACUUCAGCCACAGUUGUCAGCGCCUCUGUCUGUACAACUCAGCGGCAACUCUCGUGCAGAUCGCCUCUCGUCUGGACCAUCUCUCGCCGGCUCCUCUCCUCCCAUCAUCUAUCCUGUCAAUAACGCGCCCCUUCUUCUGCAUGUGGCUUCGCCCACUCCUUCGCCGCCCGAAACAUCAUUCUCGUCUACGGCCUCGCUGAUAAGGGGACCGUUUGAAAGCGCCACGGCCGGCUCGAUUGAGUUCCGCCUCAUGGGCUCUCGGGGCUUCGCGAACGGUGAAGGUGAUGGUGCAUCUCUGGAGCGGCUGGCCGUGGUUCGCCGCGCAAGGGAUUUGGCGAACGCAAUGCCUCAGAAUAUCGCGUCGCGCGUAUUCAGUCACUGUGAGGUGGUCGGCCAGAAGACGAAGAGGAUGCUUCGACGACGUAGGAGUAGCUAAUAACACGUGUGUCCCUGCUACAUGUAUCAUGUGAUCUUAGCC